AUGCUAGUUCUCGCGAUGUACGCAAAUGGAUACUUCCUAAGAGAAAACAACAAAAAGAAGAGCCCAAUGGAAAUUGCAACUCGGUUCCAGAACAAGAUUAACAAGUUCAUAGCACAAAGGAAUAGAGACGAAUUGAGAUUACUGACGAUAGAAGUUUUCUACUAUGACACUGCUCAGAGAGCUUUUCUCAACAACAUUGAAUACGCCGAACUUCUACUAACUCUUAAAGCUGGAAGAGUGAUCGAGGCCCGCGCUGACAAAAAAUAUGUGAUAUUCAAAACGCAGUAUCCGACGCUUACUGUGGAGACUAUGAUUAUAAAGGGAUUCCCGUCUUAUUAUAUGUUUAAAGCUCAGUUUGUGAUUUUCUAA